AUGCUAUCCGGAGAUCAAUCAGAAUGCACAACAUCACUUCUUCGCUGGGUGCUGCUCGAUACUGAUGACGCGGAGUAUUCUGCAAGCGAGAGAAAAAGAGAGAGCGAACGAAAUGGAGCAAUAAAUCCCAGGGUGGUCGCCCGGAGGAUCGUCUUCCCUCCUCAUAUUCUCCUCCGGCUGAGAAGAAGAGGAAGCGAGGCCGAUAGGUCACGAGGCUGCUUUAUUCCCAAGGUUGGCCAUCUUGGGGAAGCUUACCAAGAAUGGGUUCACCAGCCAAUCGUCAGCAAGGAAGGCCCACGCUUCUUUAAAAAUGACUUCCUGGAGCUGUUGACACGAACUGUGUGGUGGGCCAUUCCAACCAUAUGGCUACCUGUUGUAUGCUGGUCUUUGGUGACGUCAUUCCACAUGGGUCAAUCUCUAUCUGAAAUUGCUCUGCUGGUUUUGGCUGGAAUAUUUAUAUGGACACUUAUUGAGUACAUAUUGCACCGAUUUCUUUUCCAUAUCAAGACAAAGAGUUAUUGGGCAAACACAGCACAUUAUUUGCUUCAUGGAUGCCAUCAUAAGCAUCCAAUGGAUGGUCUGCGCCUUGUUUUCCCCCCAGCUGUGGCAGCUAUUCUUUGCAUUCCAUUCUGGGGACUGGCCAAACUCCUAGCAAAGCCGACCGCAGCUCCCGCCCUAUUCGGAGGUGGCUUGCUUGGUUAUGUGAUAUAUGAUUGCACUCACUAUUACCUACACCACGGACGGCCAUCCAGGAACCCAGCUAAACGUUUGAAGCGUUACCAUAUGAACCAUCAUUUCAGAAUUCAAACAAUGGGUUUUGGAAUCACUUCUUCCAUUUGGGAUGGCGUGUUCAGAACAUUACCUCCUGCAUUGAAGGCCUGGACAGAUUCGCCAACUUUGUACUGAUUACAAUGGAAGGUAUUCUUCUCACCUGGUCAAGUUUCAAUUGUUUCAGCAGCUUCCUGAUCAUGCAUGUCCAGUGGAUCCAAGCCUUAUAAUUUUGAAGAAAAAAAGAUAUAUUUUUUAGCACAAUACUUUAUUGUAUAUAUAUACAUCAUUUGUUGUAAUUUGCCGACCCAUAUACUUCAUUA